AUGCUUCGCCUGUGGCUCACGAUCCUGCUCGUCUGUCAAUCAAGUCAGACAGAUGCCGCGCCAUCACCGGCCCUACCUUUGCCAGAAUUGAAUCGAGGCCGUCCUCUUGGGGACGGCAGAUGGACCCUCGCCGUACCGCCUGAAUUCAAACCUUCCAUCCCGGACACAGAUGAAUACGUUCAGACUUAUAACGUAGACCUCAGCUACGCUGCAUCGUGUCCCACGACGGCGCCGAAACCGAUGCAUCGCGAUGAUCAGGCAGCCCCCUGGGAGAUUGACUAUGAGACAAAAGCUGGCGAGUUGGACAAACCUAUCGAGACGAGCGUAUCGUUCAAGGUCAACAUAUUCGACAAGACGGUCACCGUUGAAGGCUGGGGCACCCUCGCGAUCGACCGGAUCGCUACCCGUGCGACGAUCUGGCCCAAGGUUGAUAUUGACAUUAUCGUGAAGGCAAAAUGCGCCCUCGAGCUCUAUGGAGAAUGCUGCGAGGGCUACCUUGACGUGAGCGUGGGCUUCCACGUCGAUGAGACCUACGUCAUUGACAAACCCAAAUUCAAAUUCCAACAGACCUGCUCGCCAAUCUACAUGGGCAUACCUGGUGCAUGCGAUGCUGCAAGAGCGAAGAUCCCAGGUCUACCUACAGCAGAGGAAUGCGAUGUCGCUGCGCAGAUGUGGAUCCCCUCCGCACCGCCCAUGCCUGACGAUGACCAACCUGGCCCAUGGGGCGUGCAUAGACGCCAACGAGGCGCGAGCGAGGAGAGUGCUCUUGUGCCCAUCAAGAUCGUAUGA